CCCUGGCAGACUCUACUACAAACGCAUGCAGCCAAGUCCGGGCAGAGGGAGCACGAGGGGGCAGCAGCGUGGGGAAGGCGUGCUGCCGUUAGGUUUAGCGCCAGGCACUGGCUGUUGCUAUUUCGGCACCGACGUCAGCGACCAUUCCGCGUGCCAAAUGUGGGCUGGAUGCAACCCUCCCGUCGGCAGCCAGAGAUCCCAGAAUAAAUUGCCCAUUCCGUGCCGCACCCUCGCAGACGGGUUGGCUGCUGACAAUAUCUCGCCAAAUCACUGCCUCAAGUUUCCGUUUCCGGCAUCUCACCCCACCCAUUGAUGGGCAGCCCUGGUUUCAAGUUGCCCUCCUUUAUGUCCACGCCGCAGACUGCGUCCCGUUGGAGCUGGUAUAAGCCUUUGGCAGCCGCCGCCCUCCUUCUCCCGAGAAGAGCGUGAUAUCACUCCAAGUUUCUUUAGAAUUUCUGGAAAACAACCACCGCACAUCCAGCAACAGCAACACUCGGCAGCCAUGGCACCACGAAGCAAGAACAUUUUGACUUUCCUUCCAGUCUUUCUCUCAGCAGCCUCCUUUCUGCUAGUACUAUUAGUGCUGGUGUCGGGAGUCAACAAUGGACUUGCAGAUCUCUUCUUCCUCAAGACCAACGUCGCCAACUUAAAACUCCCCUCGGCCCUCUCCGGAUCGGAAGAGCUGCGAGGCCUGAGCGAGGCCAGCGGCAUCGACUGGGUGGGCGAGGACCUCACGGCCUCCUCCCUCGGCCUCGCCGACGAGUACACCAUCUCGCUUCUCACAUCGUGCGCCCGCACCGCGUCCGGGCCCUCGUGCUCCGCCCCCCGCGUCGGCUUCUGGUUCAACCCGGGCAUUCAGCUGCGGCUCGACGCGUCAGGGCUGGGCGCGACCUACCCGCCCGAGUACCGCGACGCCCUGGCCUCGUACAACAAGGCGGCCUACUUCAUCGCCUUCUCCUUUGUCUUUUGCACUCUGCUGCUGGGCCUGUCGGCCAUCCUGGGCGCCCUGGGCGCCACCAUUCUGGCCUCGGCCAGUGCCAUCUCGACCGCUGUGACAGGCAUGGUCGUGCUCGCCGCCCUGUUCCUGCUGGCCGGCAACGCCGCGGCCGUGCACGUCUUCCGCCGCGUGGCCGACACCUUCAACGCCGCCUUUGCCGAUCAGGGCCUGUCGGCCUCGGUCGGCCUCGCCGCCAUCCUCCUCGGCUGGCUCGCCUUCGUCCUCACCUUGACCGCCGCCAUCGUUCUGGUGCUGCGCCAGCGCGGCGACUCGGUCACGCGCGGCCGCCGCAUGUCGGACAAGACCAUGUUUGGCGACUUCAACAGCAGCGCCGGCGACCCCAUGAACGCCGGGAUGCUGGCCAAGGGCGGCGGCGCAACCCGCGAGCCCAAGGGCCUCCUGGGCCGCAUCCCGCUGCUCGGCCGCCACAAGUACGCGCAGAUCGGCGGCAAGCCCGCCUUGGGGCUCUCGACCAUGCCGCCGCCGCAGCAGCAGCAGCGCGGCACCGACGACGACUGGUCCACCGAGUACGAGAAUCCGCGCAUGGGGUCGCCGGUGCGCGGCGUUGCCGAGUACCAGAUCCCGGGAGGAAAGCCUCAGGCGAAGCCCCAGCGGGCGCCCAUGGCGUAUGAGCCGUACAGCAACGCUUUGCAGUAGAUGAUUUUUUGUAGUUUGGGAGCGGCCGUUCUGGCACGUUCCGUUGUGGGUACACUUCCGGAAUUGCCUGCAUGGCGUCUGUACUUUUCUUUCUCCAUGUAUCACAUAUGUUCGUUACCAUUCUGUCUAUCAUUUACAAAGGAGUUUCUGGAGUUUGCGGGCAAGAGAUGGCUAAAGUCGAGAACUAUGGAAAUAAGACGCAUCUAACGGGGUUACCUGCAUGGAUAUAGCACGGCAUUACCUGCAUUUAAUGGAACUUUCUCCAGAG